AUACCGGAAGUAUUAGUCUCGUGCAGUCUUGACAGUGUUGUGACUGUGCAUGUCGGCUGAAAGGCAACUUGUUCAGCUCAGUAGUUUGUAUAGUAGUUUGAAUAAGCCGUAACUGCGACAGUGCGAAGUGUGGAUGUGUUGGUUAACCGGAAGGUGACAGACAUGUUUUGGAGCUCAGCGGGUCGGCGGGGAUGUGUCGGACUCAUCCGCUGCUGGUCCCUCACAGUCGGUCCCAGGACACUCACGACCCCUCACUGCCCUCUGCAUACAUCACGGUUCUUCUCCAUCUCCGCCCCCGUCAAGUCUCCAACACAUGAGGAGGUAAAUCAGCCGCUGAAGCAGUGGUCUCUGGCAGUGAGCCCCUUCAGCACGGUGCGGGCACAGCUGGGCUGCAGCAUCUCCGUCAGCCCUCUGGACCCGCACGCCUUCCCCGAGGCUGACCGAGCCUUCGUCACAGUUCACGGGACAGACACCGAGCACGAGGUCGGUCUGGAUCUCUUACAGGUCCACUAUGAUGACCAGAGCAAAGAGCUGCUCAUCUCAGCUGAGAAGGUUAACAGCAGCGUGUCCAUUGAUCUGACUGCACCUAUCAAAAGUAAUCUCUUCAUUACCACUCAUGGAAAGGGCAACGUGAAAGUGCAGAAAAUGGAGUGUGAUAUCUGCAAAGUUCAAACAGAGAAGGGCAACUGUGUGCUGCACUCUGUAAAGGGUCAUCAGGUUGACGUCCACUCCCAUGGAGGACAUAUUACAGGUGUGGGCACCAUCCAUGGCAAUGUGGACAUCAGCACAUGUGGAGACAGUGGAGUGGAUGUCAAGAAGCUUCAGGGCACCAAAAUGAAUAUUUCAACAGAACAUGGCCCUCUGAAGGUCAAAGCCAUCUAUGCUGAGUCCAGCUGCAUCUCCUCCUGCUCUGGCAGAGUAGAACUGGGGCAUGUGCAUGGUGACGCUACUGUGAAGAACCUGUCUGGAGAUACGGUUAUUGAUGGUUCGAAUAGUUUUCUGAAGGUUUCCUCUCACAGCGGAGGCAUUGAUGUCUAUGUGGGAGACAGUGCCAGUGCCGAACUCCACAGUACGGAAGGAGCGGUGUGUGUGCGUGUCCCCUCCUCAUUGAAAGCUGUGAUGGAGCUCUGUGGCACAUCAGUGGAUAUCAGCCCAGAGGUUGUUCUGCAUGGAGUAGAAAACAACAUAACUGAGGGCCAAACCACAGUUACUGGCUAUAUAAAUGGGGAGUCCCCAGUGGACCAGUGUCUUAAAGCUCAGGCAGACAGAAACUCUGUCAAACUGAGGACACAAAGCUGGUUUGAGUCCCUGAAGCUGGGGAGCUGAGCCAUAAGCAGUAACAGUUACAGAGCCCGAUUUUUACUGUUGCUUUGAAAGACUGGUUGUACUUUGACAUAACUUAAGUUUCUAAAAACCUUCUGCUCAGGAUAUACUGUACUCUCCAGAAAGACAUUGUGUAUCAUCUACUGUAUAGUAUUCAACAAAUUAUUCGUGUUUAAAAACAACUGUACAUACGCUGCGUCUUGAAAGCAUACCAUGCAGAUGUACAUCAGUAAUGUUUUGCACUGAACUGUAAUGGUUUUGAAUAUUUUAGUCAGUGAAUGUCUUUGCUUGCUUAUAUUUUUUCUUCAUGAUGUGAAAUAUUGCCCGUGAUUGAAUGUCCUCUCAAUGUUAUUUAAAUAAUAGUCCCAAACUGUGACUAAAUCAUGGUGUUUUUUCUAUGAAGAGGCAAGUUCGGACACCUCAAAUUCAAUUAUAGUUAUACAUUACAAAAUCUAUGUGAAUUAUAUUGGUCCAGCUCCAAUUAAUGGCAGCCUAUUAGUAAGCCAUUUAAAUCUAAACACUAAGGAUUGAUAACUUACAACACAUUUUCCUCAA